ACAUGGCCAUACAGGAGCGGAGGCAGAGGCGAUGUGGCGGAGCGUGCGAGGCGGCGGAGCAGCGCACGGUGUCGCUGCAGGCUCAGGAACGGCGUGUGGGCGGCUCCGCCCCGGUGCGGCGGAGAGCCCGGCUGUGAGCGCGGGGGGGCGGCGCGGGCCGGGCAGCAGAGCCGCUGCUGAGCUCCGGGCGGCGGCGGGGAGCCGUGCGGGGCCCGGGCCGGGGCCGGCAGGCACAGGCAGAGCGGCAGAGGCGAGAGCGGCGGCGGCAGGGAUGGAGGAGCGCUGCUGUGCCGCGCUGCUGCGGCUGCUGGUGCUGCAGGCGGCCUGGGCGCUGGCGGGCGGGCAGGUGCGCUACUCGGUGCCGGAGGAAGCCAAGGCCGGCACGGUGGUGGGCCGUCUGGCGCAGGACCUGGGCCUGGAGGCGGGCGAGGCGGAGGCGCGGCGGCUGCGGCUGGUGGCGCAGGGCCGGCGGGCGAGCGUGGAGGUGAGCGGGGCGAGCGGCGCGCUGCUGGUGAGCUCGCGGCUCGACCGCGAGGAGCUGUGCGGCAAGAGCGCGCCGUGCGCGCUGCGCCUGGAGGUGCUGCUGGAGCGGCCGCUGCGCGUCUUCCAUGUGCAGCUCGAGGUCACCGACAUCAACGACAAUGCCCCCGUCUUCCCCGCCGCCCGAAAAAACCUCAGCAUCGCGGAAUUCACCACCCUGCCGGGGUCUCGUUUCCCGCUGGAGGGCGCGUCGGAUGCGGAUAUCGGAGCGAACGCGCAGCUCUCCUACACACUCAGCCCCAGCGAACACUUUUCUGUAGAUUUACAAAAAUCAGAUGAUGGAAAUCUUGUUCCCGAUCUUGUUUUAACAAAAUCUCUGGACCGCGAGGCGAUUCCCGUGCAUCGGUUGGUGCUGACAGCGACUGACGGGGGCCGCCCGUCUCUGACAGGCACGAUGGAGCUGGUGAUCUCGGUGCUGGAUGCGAACGACAACGCGCCCCAGUUCAACCAGUCGCUGUACAAAGUGCAGCUGCCGGAGAGCGCUGCCGUGGGGACGCUUGUAGCGCGGGUGAAUGCCACUGAUGCAGAUGAAGGAAGUAAUAGCGAAAUGACCUUUACCGCGAUCAGCUUCAUUCCGCCGAGUGGACGAGAUGUGAUUUCCGUCAAUCCGAAGACAGGGGAGAUACAUCUCACAUCAGCUCUGGACUUCGAGGAAGUCGGUGUAUUUGAUUUUCGUAUUGAGGCGAAAGAUCAAGGCACACCACCGCUGUCGGGUCACUGCCGAGUGAUGUUGGAAGUGCUGGACGUGAACGACAACGCGCCGGAGGUGCGGGUGACGUCGCUGUCGGUGCCGGUGUCGGAGGACGCGUCGGUGGGGACGGUGGUGGCCCUGCUGAGCGUGUCGGACCGAGACUCGGGGGCGAACGGGCGCGUGCGCUGCUGGGUGUGGCCGGCGCUGCCGUUCGGGCUGGAGGCGACGUUCGCGGGCUCGUACUCGCUGGUGCUGCGCGAGGCGCUGGACCGGGAGCGGGUGUCGGAGUACGAGGUGGAGGUGCGUGCGGAGGACGGCGGGGCGCCGGCGCUGCGCGCCAGCCGCGGGCUGCGGCUGCCGGUGUCGGACGUGAACGACAACGCGCCCGCGUUCGCGCAGGCCGUGUACACGGUGCUGGCGCGGGAGAACAACGCGGCGGGCGCGGAGCUGGCGCGGCUGUGGGCGCGGGACCCGGACGAGGCGGGCAACGGGCGCGUCAGCUACUCGCUGUGGGAGGGCGGCGCGGGCGGCGGCGGGGCCGCGCCUUGGAGCGGCUGGCGGGCGGCGUCGAGCUACGUGGCGCUGGACGCGGAGAGCGGGCGCCUGUGGGCGCUGCAGCCCUUGGACUACGAGCAGCUGCAGGUGCUGCAGUUCGAGGUGCGCGCGGUGGACGCGGGGGAGCCGCCGCUCUGCGGCAACGCCACGGUGCAGCUCUUCGUGCUGGACGAGAACGACAACGCGCCGGCGCUGCUGCCGCCCGCGGGCUCGGCGGCGGAGGCGGGCGCCGUGGCGGCCGAGACAGCGGCGGCGGCGGCGGCGGAGGCGGGGGCGUUGUCGGGGCCGGGCUCGGGCUCGGGCACGCUGUGGGCGUGGGCGGCGUGGGGGGCGCCGGCGGGCCAGGUGCUGGCCAAGAUCCGCGCCGUGGACGCCGACUCGGGCUACAACGCGUGGCUGCGCUACGAGCUGUGGGAGCCGCGCGGCAAGGGCCCGUUCCGCGUGGGGCUCUACAGCGGCGAGGUGAGCACGGCGCGCCCGCUCGACGAGGCGGACGGCCCUCGCCACAGGCUGCUCAUCGUCGUGCGCGACCACGGCGAGCCGGCGCGCUCGGCCACGGCCACGCUCAGCGUCUCGCUGCUCGAGCCCGCCGAGGCGGCGCUGGCCGCGGCCGCGGGAUCCUCGGCGGCGGCGGCGGCGGCGGCGGCGGCGGCGUCAGGCUCGCGGUCGGCGGCGGCCGUGGAGCUCGGCGCCGCUGCGGCCAGCGCGGCCACCAACGUGUGGCUGGUGGUGGCCAUCUGCGCCGUGUCCAGCCUCUUCCUGCUGGCGCUGGUGCUCUACGGGGCGUCGCGCUGGGCGCCGCGGGCGGCCGUGCUCUCGGCGCCCGGGCCCACGACGCUCGUGUGCGCCAGCGAAGUGGGCAGCUGGUCCUACUCGCAGCGCCACAGCCGCAGCCUGUGCGUGGCGGACGGCGCGCCCAAGAGCGACCUCAUGGUUUUCAGCCCCAACUUCCCUCCGCCGCCGCCCGGCCCCGCGCCCAAGGACACGCAGCCGGAGCCCUCCGCUCUCCUCGACACGGUCAGUGCCACUGCCUUACUCUCGUCUCUCACCCCUAUUCAACCCUUCUGUCCCUCCAGGUGUUCAGCCUCUGUGUCAAUCCCAGGUCUGUUCACAUGGCCUUAGAGUGAUAAGUGCUCGACGGGUGCUUAAGGAUAUCAACAGCACCUUUGCAUCUGCCGUGGGUGGGAUAUAAAUGUACUGUGGCCUACUGGGUUGGGACCUUGUGUAUUUGAGGUUUGCUGGUCUGGGUGUGUGGUUCUCCCUUUGAAUGGAAUCAUUUCCCAUUGCUGUGAGAGAUGGCCAGUGGUGUCGGUUAUGCAGACAAUGAUUUUGCUUUCUGGUGUGCAGCGUUUCCACACGAGUUUGUUUAAAGCGGUGCAUGAACACUGAGGCUGAUGUGGUUAUUGUCCCGCAGGCACUAUGUUCCACUUUAUUUCCCUUUCUGUCUGCUGAGUUUGUAAGUAUUAAUCUGGAUUUUCGAAAUCUUACUUAUAUUCCAUCUGCAAGGGAUUUGAUGCUAGAUGACAGCUAGAACUUUAAGGUCAAAGUUCCUUUUUUGCUUUCUUCAGCACAGUCGUUAAAGAAGUGGGGAAGGUAGUGGGGACUUUUGCUAUGUUCAUUUCUUGAUGUAUCUUCUUACUUGGUUUAGUAGCAUAAGGUUUCAGGCAGAGGAGUAAGCCUCGAGCUAAGUGUUACAAAGGGGCAAUUUCUUUUUCUGCUGCAUAUGUUACCCUGUUUCAGAAUUUUUAUUGCUGACCUGAGAAGUAGCUUGAAAAACACUGGCCUGUUUGAUAUUACUGCAAAAUUUCCAUGUAGUGCCACAUUGUUUCAAAAGCCUACUGGAAGUUCAGGACAGGCCAGAAAGCCCGAAUCCAACUGUAGGUGAUUAAAAGCUGCUAAAUGCCAUCUCCUGCCCCUGGGACUCAACAGCCUCAGGUAACUUUUCCUAGUUUUAAUCUGUAACAGUGGCCACAUUAGCGAUGGGAUGUUGUCUUCUUGUCAUGGUGUUGAGAUGUGUGUACAUGCACGUGAAAACCUGCACAGCAGCACAGCCCUCAUGUUCUGUGGUGGAAAUUCUCCCACCCAUUUGAUAUCACUGUCGCUGGUGAGUAUAGGCAUUUGUUGUGGUUCUCUUGUAUAAUAAAUCCAUGUGGACUGGGAUCAGAGCUCACAGCUCUAAUCACAGUAUCUCAAUAAAUUUGAAUCUACAACUCCAUGUACAACUCGGUUGUGUUUCCAUAUGAGGGUGCUGAAAAGGCAGGAACAUUCUGGGUGGAGUCCAAAAAUCUGGGAAGUAUGUUUGUUACAGAGUGGGUGGCUGUGCAGGCCUUUGUAUACUCCUAGUGCUGAUCAUGGAGCAAGAUGAGGAUAUGCAAUGGCCUGGGUCAUGCUCACAGUGGGGAUUACAUCUGGAGCUUGAUGUUAAGGUGGAACAGUGUCUGAGUAUUCUGGCAGUGGUCCUGCAAGUGGCACUGAGUAGCAUCCGGAAAUGAAUCAAUGCAGGGAGAGUGACCAUAAGUAGAAGACAGUCUUGAGUAAUGGGAAUGGAGAUCCUGGGUAGAAUAUGGUCUGCAUCAUUGGGCAAAAAGUCGAGAACAUUUCCUUAGAUGUGGAGAUGCCAUUUCCCAUGGCACGAGAUGCAGGAUUUCUGUAGAAAACCUCUGGGAAGGUUCCAGUGCACAAUGCUGCUUGUCCAGGAUUCUGUCAGGCCCUCGAGAAGUUCUGCAUAUCUUACGGUGCUGUUGUUCUUCAUGGUAUUGCUGUUUGAACAUAUCUGCCAUGCUUGUGUUCAAUUGCUUGCUGUUGAUUUGGAGUGUUGCACAAAGAGAAGCUUUUCGAAAUGUGGAUGAUUCCACUGAACCACCUCUGAAACUCUCCUUGGUUAUCUCGUUCCUUGGAAUGGGGAAGAUGGGGCAAGAGUGGGAUGUUCAGGGAUUCUUUCCUUUCUCCAACCCUGCCCAUCCUUGUGUUUUGUUUUAUUUCUCUCACAUGUGCAUGGUGUUGGUAAGAGUGGAUAAGAUGCAGACUGCUGAAUGUUGGCAGCUGUCAUGUGUCAGGUAUUUGGGCCAUUUCCCACCAGUGUGGAGGAUGUCUACUGUGCUCUACUGAGCUAAGUUACACUUUGAGAGAAUGCCCUUAACUUUCAAGAGUACUUCCUUGCUCGUCGUGUGAUAGAAGUGCGUAAGUCACACUGUGAACUCUCCAGUUUCUGCGGGAAAAGCAGAAACAUU